GUUUUAGCUCUUUGGCGAUGGCUAGCGAGAACGAGGAGAAGGAGGCCGUGCGCGUCGCCGUGAAGGAGAUUUUGAGCGAGGAGGACAUGGACGUGGUGACGGAAGGGAUGGUGAGGAAGAAGGCGGCGGAGCGAGCGGGCGUGGAGGUAUCCGCGCCGUGGUUCAAGGGAUUUGUCAAGCAGCUCAUCCAGGAAUUUGUAAGUGCUAGGCAGGACAAGAGCAAGAGAGGAGAAGAAGAAGAAGAGAAAGGAGAUGAGAAUGCUGGCUCCCAAGAAUCCUCCAAAGCUAUGCUAGCGGAAGGGGAGGACGAGAUCAUUUGCCAGCUAUCAGGCAAGAGGAACGUUAGCGUCCAGAAUUUCAGAGGCAAAGCGCUCGUUUCGAUCCGCGAGUACUAUGAGAAGGAUGGGAAAACGCUACCGUCCAGCAAAGGAAUUAGCCUUACGAUCGAUCAGUGGGAGGCACUCAAGAAAGAACUCCCGGCGAUUAGACAAGCCAUCGAAUCACUGCAGUGAAUCGAGAAAAAUCGCGCAAGCGUUUUGUAAGGUUGGAGAGCUUGUAAGUUUGAACGUUGGCGAUUUCUAGCGUGUCGACAUUGUCGUGGUUGUGUGUCGACACAUGGGAAAUUUUCAAUCAAUGUUCUUUAGGGUUGGAUAAAAAUUUAGGGA